CGCCCGGAGCGCUUCGGGAUUUAAAGUAUUAGAAUUUCCCAGGUCUGAGGAGGGAGCGAGCUGGCGGACUAGGGCCAGAGGAAAACUACAUUUCCCAGGAAGCAAUGGGGCCUGCCAUGUUUUUCCCGUGCUUCUCUCGGCCGGCGGCGCGACACGCCGUCGGCGCUAUAGCAACCGUUAGCUACCCGCCGGGAGAGAGUGGCGCUAGGCCAUGUCUGGCCCCAGCGACGAGACCGCGGGAGACCUGCCGGUGAGAGACCUCGGUCCGGACCUCUUCGGAGCGGGAGGGCCGCAAGAAUCGUCAACAACACGAAUGAUGAAGUCUCACCAGGCCGUGUCACGGAUCAGUCGUGAGGAGCUGGAGGACAGAUUUUUGCGCUUGCACGAUGAGAACAUUCUACUUAAGCAGCAUGCCCGCAAGCAAGAGGAUAAAAUUAAAAGAAUGGCCACCAAGUUAAUACGGCUCGUUAAUGACAAGAAAAGGUACGAGCGGGUUGGUGGCGGCCCCAAGCGGCUGGGACGAGACGUGGAAAUGGAAGAAAUGAUGGAGCAGCUGCAAGAGAAAGUUCGCGAGCUGGAGAGACAAAAUGAAGUCCUCAAAAACAGGCUGAUCGCGGCCAAACAGCAGCUUCAAAUCCAGGGCUACAGGCAGACCCCUUACAACUACGUGCAGUCCCGCGUGAACACCGGGCGCAGAAAAGCGAGUGAGAGCACGGGCUCCCAGGACUGCCCCCGGAAAGGGAUUAGAUUCCAAGACGCAGACGUGGACCAACCCAUGCUGACAAAACACGGCAGCAGCUUCCUGGAGGAGGCCCGAGGAGAAAUAAGACACUUAGAAGACGUCGUCCAGUCCCAGAGAGGCCAGAUAGAAGAGUUAGAGCAGCUGGCGGAGAUCCUGAAAACUCAGUUGCGGAGAAAGGAAAAUGAAAUCGAGCUAUCUCUGCUGCAGCUUCGAGAACAGCAGGCUACAGAUCAAAGGUCAAACAUUCGGGACAACGUAGAAAUGAUCAAGCUUCAUAAGCAACUCGUGGAGAAAAGCAAUGCUCUUUCAGUGAUGGAAGGAAAAUUCAUUCAGCUUCAAGAGAAGCAGAAAACCCUCAGGAUCAGCCACGACGCCUUGAUGGCCAACGGAGAGGAGCUGAACAAGCAGCUGAAGGAGCAGCGCUCCAGGUGCUGCAGCCUGGAGAAGCAGCUGCACGCCCGGGCGUUCUCUGAGCAGAGGGUGGACGAGCUGCAAGAUAGAAUUAAUGAUUUAGAAAAGGAGCGGGAACUUUUAAAGGAAAACUAUGAUAAACUUUACCACAGUGCCUUCAGCCCCGCCCCGGAGGAGCAGUGGAAGUUAAAGGAACAGCAGCUGCAAGUGCAGAUCGCGCAGCUCGAGACGGCCCUAAAGUCCGACCUAACAGACAAGUCCGAGAUCCUCGACAGAUUAAAAAGCGAGAGAGAGCAAAAUGAGAAACUCGUCCAAGAAAACAGAGAACUGCAGUUGCACUACCUCGAACAAAAGCAGCAACUAGACGAACUUAAGAACCGCAUGAAGUUUUACAACCAGGAGAGUGACAUCAAUGCCGAUGAGCUGAGCGAGGCGCUCCUGCUUAUAAAGGCUCAAAAAUCACAGAAAAAUGGAGACCUUUCCUUUCUAGAGAAAGUAGAUAAUAAAGUUAAUAAAGAUCUAGAACACUCCCUGAGAGAGCUGCAAGCAACUCAUGCAGAAACAGUGCAAGAACUUGAAAAGACAAGGAACAUGCUAAUUAUGCAGCAUAAAAUUAAUAAAGAUUAUCAGAUGGAGGUCGAGGCCGUGACCCAGAAGAUGGAGAAUCUGCAGCAGGAUUACGAACUCAGAGUGGAGCAGUACGUUCAUCUCCUGGACGUCAGGGCGGCGCGCAUCCAGAAGCUAGAAGCCCAGCUAAAGGACAUUGCCUACGGCACCAAACAGUACAGAUUCAAGCCAGAAAUCCUGCCGGACGACUCCGUGGACGAAUUUGAUGAGACCAUUCACUUGGAACGAGGCGAAAACCUCCUGGAAAUCCACAUCAAUAAAGUAGCCUUUUCUUCUGAAGUUUUACAGGCGUCUGGCGACAGAGAGCCUGCCACGUUCUGUACCUAUGCCUUCUAUGACUUCGAACUGCAGACGACCCCCGUCGUGCGGGGUCCUCACCCGGAGUACAACCUGACCUCCCGGUACCUGGUGCACGUCGACGACUUAUUCUUGCACUACAUCCAGAGGAACACGGUCACUCUGGAGGUCCACCAGGCCUACGGGCCAGACUAUGAGACAAUCGCAGCAUGUCAACUGCGAUUCCACGAACUUCUAGAAAAAAGCGGCCGAAUAUUUUGCACGGCAGGUUUGGUUGGAACUAAAGGAGACAUCCCAAAUUUUGGCACAGUGGAAUACUGGUUCCAAUUAAGAGUUCCUGUGGACCAAGCAAUCCGGCUCUAUCGGGAGCGGGCAAAGGCUUUGGGAUAUAUAACAUCAAAUUUUAAGGGGCCAGAGCAAACACCAUGGUUGAGUCAACAAGCAUCCAAAACGGCUCAGCCCAGCUCUGCCGACUCCGGAGACGGCAGCCUGAACGAACUUCACAUCACCGUCCAGUGCUGUGCCCAGCUGCGGUCCCGCGCGGGCCAGCCUCAGCCACACCCCUAUGUUGUGUACAAGUUUUUUGACUUCGCCGACCACGAUACAGCCAUCAUUCCCAGCAGCAAUGACCCGCAGUUCGAUGAUCAUCGGUGUUACCCGGUGCCAAUGAACAUGGAUUUGGAUCGAUACCUGAAGUCAGAGUCUCUGAGUUUUUAUGUGUUUGAUGAUAGUGAUACCCAGGAGAAUAUUUAUAUAGGAAAAGCCAAUGUGCCUCUGAUUUCCUUGGCACAUGACAGGUGUAUCUCAGGAAUAUUUGAGUUGACGGAUCAUGAAAAGCACCCUGCAGGAACCAUUCGUGUUACAUUGAAAUGGAAGUUCGCUUACCUCCCACCAAGUCAGUCCCUGACCUCUGAAGGGUUAGGGAACGCCAUACACGAGGAAGAGUCGGAAGUUGCUCAGAGGCUGCCCCCGGCGUCCUCUGUGAGCACACUCGUCGUGGCCCCGACCCCUAAACCAAGGCAGCGUCUCACGGCUGUCACGAAGAAGGUGUCCUUCGUGGACGAUGUCCCGCCACAUCAGGACCCUGAGAUUUCUGCUGCUCCUGAGGAUAAGAAGGAAGUUCCACGAGAAGUCGAGCAUACACCGGAAAUAGAUACUAGCAUGCCAACUGUUUCACGUAUUUCCGAGGUGUCUCGAGACAGCGGAGCCGAUAAAACGAAAGAGGCUGCUGAGCAGGCGCAGCCGGGGAGGAGCAGUGACGUGUCUGUCCUGUCCCAGGGCCAGCUGGCAGAGCGCAGCGCGACCUCCUCGGAGGAUGACACAGAAGUGACCGAGGAGCUGGAACCGGAAGACGAAGAAAGCCAGUCAGCUUCCGACAGUGACGAGUGCAUCAUUCCAGGCCCCGUCUCCAAGCAAGCCAGGCAGGCGUCAGAAAGGAUUCGGAUCGAGGUCAUAGCUCUGAGCCUCAGUGACCCCCGCGUGACGGCGGACGCCGCCAUCCGGCGGCUCUUCGUGGAGUGCCGGUUCUACAGCCUCCCCGCCGAGGAGACGCCCGUGUCCCUCCCCAAGCCCCAGCGCGGGCAGUGGGUCUACUUCAACUACAGCCACGUGAUCUACGUGGAUAAAGAGAACAACCAAGCGAAGAGAGACGUCUUGAAAGCUAUACUGCAGAGACGAGACAUGCCCCGCGGAAGCAUCCGCUUCACCGUGGUCAGCGACCCGCCGGAAGACGAGCAGGAGCUGGAGUGUGAGGACGUGGGCGUGGCGGACGUGGACCUCGCGGCGGCCUUUCGGGAAGGGAGGGACCUCGUGGAGCAGGACAUCGACGUGCUGGACGCCCGAGCGGGCGGUGGAAGAAUCGGCCAGCUCCGGGUGACGGUCGAAGCGCUGCAGGCCCUCCGGUCUGUGUACGAGCAGUACAGGGAUGACUGGGAGGCCUGAGCGACGGCUCCCGCU